UCACUAGAAACUUUCCAAAUGCACCAGAAGUUCUCAUCCUCUCUUCGCAGCUUAAAUCUUGCAUUGGUAUUUGAAGAACACUAAAGUAGAUCAGUCAGCUUCUUCCCCCGGAUCAUCUGGACCAGUAUUCAACUGUGGGAUGGAUUUCGAGGACAAUAAAGCCUUUGGUGAAGUCCAUGGAAUUCCAAUGUACAAAGACUUUGUCAAAUACUGGGAUGAUGUGGAAACAUUCCAAGCAAGGCCCGAUGAUCUUGUCAUUGUCACUUACCCUAAGUCUGGCACAACAUGGCUUAGUGAAAUUGUAUAUAUGAUAUACAAAGAGGAUGAUGUGGAAAAAUGCAAAGAAGAUGCGAUUUUCAAUAGAGUACCUUACUUGGAAUGCAGAAAAGAAGAAAAGAUGAAUGGCGUAAAACAAUUGCAAGAGAUGGACUCUCCCAGAAUUGUGAAGACUCACCUGCCAGCUAAGCUUCUUCCAGGCUCAUUUUGGGAAAACAACUGCAAGAUUAUCUACCUUAGCCGGAAUGCCAAGGAUGUAGCUGUUUCAUACUAUUAUUUCUUUCUGAUGAUAACUGAAUUUCCAGACCCUGAGUCCUUUCCCAAAUUUGUGGAGAAAUUCAUGGAAGGAAAAGUUCCUUACGGCUCCUGGUAUGAUCACGUGAAAGCGUGGUGGGAGAAGAGAAACAACCCACAGAUGCUAUAUAUUUUCUACGAAGACAUGAAAGAGGAUAUCAGGAAAGAAGUAAUAAAAUUGAUGAAGUUCUUGGGGAGAAAACCAUCAGAGGAACUUGUGGACAAGAUUAUAAAGCAUACUUCAUUCCAGGAGAUGAAGAACAACCCAUCUACCAAUUACACGACACUACCGGAGGAGAUGAUGAACCAACGAGUGUCACCUUUCAUGAGAAAGGGAAUUUCAGGAGACUGGAAAAAUCACUUCACAGUAGCCAUGAAUGAGAGAUUUGACACACACUACGAGCAGCAAAUGAAGGAUUCGACACUGAAGUUUCGCACCGAGAUCUGAGGAGGGCUUCCUUUAUGUAUGUCUGAGAUUAAAUAGUCUCCUCAUCAUUCUUCACUUUUUCUUACUUUAGACUGGAAAAGGAAAAAAAUGUGAAGAAUCAUGGUUCAAGCUCAUAUAUUUGUUGGGUUAUUUAUAAAGAGGAGAAGUGCUUUUUUGUGUUCUAUCUUUUCUUGUUAUAUAUUCUUUCUUCUAUCUCCUUUUCAACUAAUAGUACACAAAGCUAUAAUGUAUCAGAACAAUACAGAGCACCGGAUAAUUGAGCUUUUUAGAAUUGUACAAGAAAUAAACAUU